AAGGAAUUUAACAAAAUGAACACAUUCAUAACUUUGGCUUGUCUGUUGGCCGUCGCUGUGAGCGCGCACGGCUCAGCAAUUGGAUUGGGCGGAUUAGGCGGAUACGGCGGAUACGGUUACUCAACCAGUGUCGUCAGCGCCCCCAUCGUGUACAAAGCCCCUAUCAUAUACAAGGCCCCUAUUCCCGUAAUUAAGAGCGUAGCAGUCGCUCCAAUUAUAUCCGCCCCGGUUCUCAAAACUGUGCCUGUAUCUAGUCUCAGCUAUGGCCUCGGAGGAGGUCUUGGCUAUGGCGGAUUAAGUCUCGGCUAUGGCGGAUUAGGUCUUGGCUACGGCGGAUAUGGUCUGGGCAAAGGUCUCGGCUACGGACUCAGCUACGGUCUCAGCGGCAAAUACUGAAUAAUAAAUUAUUAAUUUCUUUUCAGACGAAGAAUCUCAAAAAAUUUCAAACUUCUUGAUUGAUCUAUGAACUCAAUAAAGCAUUCAUCUUUA